AUGGAAGUGGGAAAGUGUGGCUUGGACGAGCUUGGGGACCAUAUGCAACCAUCGUGUUCUCCAACACUUACAUGUCUGGAAUCAUCACUCCUGAAGGUUGGAAUAAUUGGGGUGACCCGAGCAGAGAAAAGUAAGACGGUGACUUUUGGAGAGCAUAACUGCUAUGGAGAAGGAGCAGAUUACAAAGGGAGAGUCUCGUACGGGAAACAACUAACAGAUUCUGAAGCAUCUUCACUCACGGACAUUUCUUACAUAGAUGGAGACCAGUGGCUAAAUCAAUCUAACGUACUCUCUGAGCUUACAUCUGAAGACAACAGAGACGGUCUUAUUGGAUUUUACUAA